AUGUCGUGCGAGCAGCAAAAACAGCAGAGAAAGGGAGUACCCCUGUAUAAAGAGGCGUCUGGUGAGAUGUACAUGCUGAUACGUUUCAAACAGGGUAUGGAUCAAUGUAUGAGGAAUGCUUUCGGUCGAGAAAAACGGAUUCUGGAACAGCAUAACGGAAAGCUGGUGGGAGUGGCGAACGAGAUCAGCGUCGUUGAGUGUAGUGACAAGUACCCAGAUUGUGGAUUUGCUCUUUUGAAGUUCAAGAGCGAAAGAGAUGCUGAUCACUGGCUUAGGAGUGAUCGGGUAUUCAAACAACAAGACUUUCCAAACCCUGCGGACACAUUGGAGAUAACCCUGUUUCCACUCAGCUAUAUCCCAAACGAGAACGGAUACACAACGUUCAACUUGACAGAAAUUUGUGACGUGUGUGACCGGAACUUCCAGGACAAUUAUGUCAAUAGGGUGGCCCCGAUUAUGGAUAAGUUUAAGAUUCGACAUGGCUUGGUAGCAACCACGGACGCCAGAGACUUAAGGAGAACUUGGAUAAACAGAGCAGCGUUUGUCUUGAUCAAUGCAUAUGAAAGUAUUGAGCAAUUCAAACAAUUCUAUGACUCCGAACAAUAUGCGAGCUUAAAGAGAUACCGUCAGGAAAACAGCCAUACAACCUCCGUAUUAUUCAGGAUAUCGUAACGAAACCCAUCAUACCGAAUAACCGGAAGUGACGUCAUGGACUCAAAUAAAGAAUAACAAAUGUAGCAUUUCAGCAACAGAAUAUUGAACAAACUUAAAUCAGCAGGAUGAUGUAUUCUGAAGUUGAACCAUUUCGAUGAACUUCCAGUGUCUUCCUUUGAUUAUCACACAAUUCUACGUAAGACAAAUUAUAA